UGAAUCCUGAUAAUGAUGACGUCAGUCAUCGACACCCAAGUAUUAGCUGAUCGCUGGUUUGUGCGUCAUCGCAGUACGAGUUUGCUGAAUCACCAUGUCUAUAGCCAGCAUGGAGAAGCAUCUUUUCCAACUGAAGUUUGCUGCCAAGGAUUUGGAACGGCAGUCAAAAAAAUGUGAGAAGAUGGAAAAGGAAGAAAAAUUGAAAAUCAAGAAAGCCAUUCAGAAGGGCAACACUGCAGGAGCUCAAAUUCAUGCUGAGAACUCAAUUAGGAAUAAAAGUCAAGCCUUAAAUUAUUUAAGAAUGGCUGCUCGAGUUGAUGCUGUUGCAGCUCGUGUGCAGACAGCUGUAACUCAACGGAAGGUAACUGCAAGUAUGGCAGGAGUUGUGAAAAACCUUGAUGCUGCCAUGAAGUCAAUGAACUUAGAGAAAAUCUCUGCAUUGAUGGACAAAUUUGAGCAUCAAUUUGAAGACUUGGACGUUCAAAGCAGUUACAUGGAGAGCACCAUGAGCCAGACCACCACAACAGCUGUGCCUCAAGAUGCUGUCAAUGGUUUAAUGGCCCAAGUGGCUGAUGAAGCUGGAUUGGAACUAAACUUGGAGCUGCCAAGAGGCCAGACAAGCACAGUUGGGGUCUCCAGCACAGUUGCCAGCCAGGACCAAGACGAGCUCACUCAGCGACUUGCCAAGUUACGCAAUGCCGAGUAAUUUCUGUCUCAAUUCUAACUGCAUAAUUUAGUUUGUAUUUCUACUCAGAAACAAAUAUUCAUGUCAAAGCAUUAUGCAGACCAAUUAGUCAUUGCCGGAAUAAGACUUGGAAAUCAAGAUGAGAUGUUGAGAUCAAAUUAUGUACUGGUAGUUGUUUAAAUUGCAUCAAUGACUUUUGGCAAUAGCCUUGAAUAAUUGUUAACCUGAGUUUUGUGAUGUGGAUUUCUAUUACUAAACAAUACCAUAGCCCCGAAAUAGUUCGUUUUAUUUAGUUUUUCUCCGAGUAUGGAAAAGUAAAAAACUUAGUUAUUUUACGGCUGUCUAUGUAGUUAGAUGCAAGUGAUUCCCUUCUAUAGUCUUCUUUAUAAUGGAUUCGUUCAAGAUUGAUGAAGUAUAUAUUUUUAGUGAUUUUUAAUUUGUUUUCUCUGCCAGUGACAUGGCUGUUUUUCAAUGCCUACCUACCUAAAAGAAGCCUGAAUUUUCACGCAACACAGAAUUUUAUCGAGUGAUUGCUGCAACUUUUUCUCCUUCUAUUGAUUAUAUUAUUGUUGGUAGCAUACGAUGUUAACCAUUUUACAGAGAAUAGUCAGAGUCAGCUUUGCUCUUUACAGUAGUUGCUUACACUACCAAAUUUACAAAAAAUGAUUACGUUGCACCACUUUGCUUUAUCUAAGUUGAGAGUUAAUUCAGGGAACUGUUAAUCAAUAGGUUGUAAUUAAAUAUUUAUCAAUUCUGAAUUAUGUAUGUUGUAGCUUCAAGAUUGAUUUAGGACAUGUUCCAUAUUUGAUCAGAAUUCUGAUCUGAUCUUCGUCAUCAGAAACUAUUCAUUCCAAAUUAAAAUUUGCACACAUUCCCGCGCACGUGGACAACACACUCGCGUGCGGAUUGAGCACGAUUAAUCACCGUUUGAAUUGUUGGUACCGUAUAUAUAAUACUAAUAAUUAGUAUAAUUUUCAGAGUUUGAUUGAAAAUUAUAUUCUACUGUUUCAUUUGCUCGGUUCUAUUCGUUAAUCGAUUAUCUUUCCAGACGUUAGUGGCAAUUGGAAGUCUCGAAUUAAUGUUAACAAUUAUGAUCACCCGAAUAUGGAGUGAAAAUUACGAUCACCCGAAAUAUGGAGUGUGAAGUCAUAUUUUAGGAGUAUUUCUAUAUCAAGGGUGAAAAGAGUAUAGUACGUCAAAAAUUUAAUUAUAGUAUUUAUAAGAAACGAUUAUGCUAACGAACCGAAAUAAAUAUCUAUUUCAGUGAUCAAGGUAUCAUUUUAUGCACCGUGUUUAAGCAUACUCAAGAAAAAUCAAUAUUUUCAUUCAUGCAAUCCUCAAGUAACACGUUCACGAGGUUUGUAAAACUAUCUACGAAUAUGUCUGUUCACCACUACUCAUCUUGCGUUUUCAAUGAAAGCAUUUUGUUUUAAUCUAUAAUAAAGUAUAUGUAUUCUAGAAUAUGGUAGUUAGAGACAUUUAUACGCGGAGUUACUUGUUGAAAUAUAUGUGCGAAAGGAUUA